AACUACUGCUGGCAUAUAGAUGGAAUGGACAAACUAAAGACAUACGGGUUUGCCAUACAUGGAUGCAUUGAUGGGGUUCUCCAGGAAAAGUAAUAUGGCUGGAGGUAGCCUCAACAAAUAACGAUUCAGCUGUCAUAGCUGGCUACUACUUGAGUGCUGUCGAGAAAUAUGGUUGUCCUAUAAUUGUUCGUGGAGACAGAGGCACCGAAAAUUCUCGAAUUGCUUAUCUACAGCCAUUUUUACGGCGGAACGGGGAAGGUGCAGAUAAUAGUUUUCAGUAUGGGAGAUCUGCAAGUAAUCAGGUUUGUCAGCGGACUACUACCAGCAAAGUAACUUAUCGAGGUAGCUAUUACACAGCGUAUCGAGGCCUGGUGGAGCCAACUAAGACGGAGUUUCACUGAGUGGUGGUUGGAAUUCUUCCGGGCUCUGAAAGACAAUGGAAUCUUUGAUGAGACUAACCCUAUUCAUUUGGACUGCAUACGCUUUGCCUUUAUGGAUGUACUCCAAGUUGAAAUGGGUGAGGUCAUGGAAAUGUGGAAUACCCACAUUAUUAGACAAGACCGGUCAAGACUUAACGUGGGCGGUGUUCCAGAUGAACUUUUCUUUAUCCCAGAGAUGAGAGGGUAUGUGAAUCAAAUAUUUGCAGUUGAUCCUCUCGAUGUUGCAUUUUGCAAGCCACACACAAAAGAGAAGCCACUUCCCGUACCUCCAGAGUUUGUAGACCUGGCAGAUAUUUUGAUGCGUGAGAAUGGUUGGUCCAUACCAGAUAAUUGUGAAGAUGCACUGAAACUCUAUGUUGACUUACUGAACUGCAUUGAAUGAAUAAUGUUACACACUCUGCUGCAUAAAACAUGAUUAUUGCCAUGAAAGUGAAUCAAAAUGACAACAUAAUGGGAUAUAAAGACCAUGUGACGGGAUCUACAAAUCAAGAAGUAGUUCAAGUAGCUUCAGGGACGAGUGACGACAGUCCAUGCUACACAAACAAUUU